GACAAUCCCAGCCCGUCCCGCGGCAUCCCAAAGGUCCAAAUCAUUCUCCGAGGAGCUGCGGCGCUGCGGCGACGGCGGCAGCGACGGCGAUGCGGUUGCCAUCUGCCGCCUCGGCGUCCCGCCUUCCCUCUUCCCUUUUCUUACAACCCCGCGCAAGGACAAGAUGCGUCCCAUCCUCCUCCCUCGCCUGUCGGGCAUCUUCUUCAUCAGCCGCGGGCGCUGGUGACGGCGGCUCGCGGAAGCCGUGGCUCUUCGUAGGGCUGGGUAACCCCGGAAAGGUGUACCAGGGAACUCGCCACAACGUUGGAUUCGAGAUGAUCGAUGUUAUAGCAGAAGCUGAGGGUAUAUCUCUGAGCAGUAUGCAGUUCAAGGCAAUGGUUGGAAAAGGCCGCAUUGGUGAUGCAUCUAUUAUGCUUGCCAAGCCACAAACCUUUAUGAAUGCAAGCGGUGAGUCUGUCGGGCAGCUGGUUUCAUAUUUCAAGAUACCACUUAGUCAAGUCGUUGUGAUGUAUGAUGAUCUGGAUUUACCCUUUGCAAAACUGCGUCUGCUGCCAAAGGGUGGCCAUGGUGGGCAUAAUGGGAUGAGAAGCAUCGUCAACCAUUUGAAACAGAGCCGUGAUUUUCCACGCCUAAGAAUUGGCAUUGGACGACCGCCCGGGAAGAUGGAUCCUGCCAAUUUCGUUCUCCGGCCUUUUAACAAGAAAGAGCAGCAAGAGCUUGAUUUUGCGUUGCAUAGGGGCUUGGAGGCGGUGCGGAUAAUGGUGCCGGAAGGAUUCAACAAGAGCGCGACUUACGUGAACACUGCACAAUCAUCUGAAAUGCUGAAUAGGUGAUGGGCCAAUAAACUGCCAUAUGCGAUUUAAAUCCCAUACCAAAGGGAUUUAAUCGAGGAAGCAGUCGCAGCUUCGCUUGAUGCAUCGUUUGUUCGGUGGCCAUCCCCCCUCUCCUGGCAAGAAAGUUCUGACAGCUGAAUUACUUGUUAGAUCAUACUGUAUGAUCUGAGCAACUUAGGGGGUGUUUGGUUUGAGAAAUCAUUCCAUCUAAGAUGAGAUGGUGCAUCACGAAUCAAUUCCUCAAAUUUGGUGGAAUGACCUCAUUCCUCAUGUUAUUACUAACUAAUUAACUAUAAAGAAUGAGGUGGUGAUUGAUCAACUCAUUCCAUUAUACAAACUAAACAAAAAAGUGAGGAAUAAGUGAUGGUGGACUAGUUUAUUCCUCAAAA